AUGGAAAGUAGACGAGACCAGCUUUCCGACAAUAUCUCGUUUGCCAAAAAAUUUGGGUGGUCACCGAAAAAGGGCCACAGUGGAGGAGGCCAUGGUGGUGUCGAAAAAUCUAUUCCUGCUGAAAAAACCUCGGCAGCAGAGAAUGGGAUACCAGAGACGGCAGUGGUCUCACCAUCUGUAGGGUCAGUGGCGGGGUGGCCGAAAGGCGACGUGGGUUGGGUUGGGUGGUCACCGAAAAAGGGCCACAGUGGAGGAGGCCAUGGUGGUGUCGAAAAAUCUAUUCCUGCUGAAAAAACCUCGGCAGCAGAGAAUGGGAUACCAGAGACGGCAGUGGUCUCACCAUCUGUAGGGUCAGUGGCGGGGUGGCCGAAAGGCGACGUGGGUUGGGUUGGGUGGUCACCGAAAAAGGGCCACAGUGGAGGAGGCCAUGGUGGUGUCGAAAAAUCUAUUCCUGCUGAAAAAACCUCGGCAGCAGAGAAUGGGAUACCAGAGACGGCAGUGGUCUCACCAUCUGUAGGGUCAGUGGCGGGGUGGCCGAAAGGCGACGUGGGUUGGGUUGGGUGGUCACCGAAAAAGGGCCACAGUGGAGGAGGCCAUGGUGGUGUCGAAAAAUCUAUUCCUGCUGAAAAAACCUCGGCAGCAGAGAAUGGGAUACCAGAGACGGCAGUGGUCUCACCAUCUGUAGGGUCAGUGGCGGGGUGGCCGAAAGGCGACGUGGGUUGGGUUGGGUGGUCACCGAAAAAGGGCCACAGUGGAGGAGGCCAUGGUGGUGUCGAAAAAUCUAUUCCUGCUGAAAAAACCUCGGCAGCAGAGAAUGGGAUACCAGAGACGGCAGUGGUCUCACCAUCUGUAGGGUCAGUGGCGGGGUGGCCGAAAGGCGACGUGGGUUGGGUUGGGUGGUCACCGAAAAAGGGCCACAGUGGAGGAGGCCAUGGUGGUGUCGAAAAAUCUAUUCCUGCUGAAAAAACCUCGGCAGCAGAGAAUGGGAUACCAGAGACGGCAGUGGUCUCACCAUCUGUAGGGUCAGUGGCGGGGUGGCCGAAAGGCGACGUGGGUUGGGUUGGGUGGUCACCGAAAAAGGGCCACAGUGGAGGAGGCCAUGGUGGUGUCGAAAAAUCUAUUCCUGCUGAAAAAACCUCGGCAGCAGAGAAUGGGAUACCAGAGACGGCAGUGGUCUCACCAUCUGUAGGGUCAGUGGCGGGGUGGCCGAAAGGCGACGUGGGUUGGGUUGGGUGGUCACCGAAAAAGGGCCACAGUGGAGGAGGCCAUGGUGGUGUCGAAAAAUCUAUUCCUGCUGAAAAAACCUCGGCAGCAGAGAAUGGGAUACCAGAGACGGCAGUGGUCUCACCAUCUGUAGGGUCAGUGGCGGGGUGGCCGAAAGGCGACGUGGGUUGGGUUGGGUGGUCACCGAAAAAGGGCCACAGUGGAGGAGGCCAUGGUGGUGUCGAAAAAUCUAUUCCUGCUGAAAAAACCUCGGCAGCAGAGAAUGGGAUACCAGAGACGGCAGUGGUCUCACCAUCUGUAGGGUCAGUGGCGGGGUGGCCGAAAGGCGACGUGGGUUGGGUUGGGUGGUCACCGAAAAAGGGCCACAGUGGAGGAGGCCAUGGUGGUGUCGAAAAAUCUAUUCCUGCUGAAAAAACCUCGGCAGCAGAGAAUGGGAUACCAGAGACGGCAGUGGUCUCACCAUCUGUAGGGUCAGUGGCGGGGUGGCCGAAAGGCGACGUGGGUUGGGUUGGGUGGUCACCGAAAAAGGGCCACAGUGGAGGAGGCCAUGGUGGUGUCGAAAAAUCUAUUCCUGCUGAAAAAACCUCGGCAGCAGAGAAUGGGAUACCAGAGACGGCAGUGGUCUCACCAUCUGUAGGGUCAGUGGCGGGGUGGCCGAAAGGCGACGUGGGUUGGGUUGGGUGGUCACCGAAAAAGGGCCACAGUGGAGGAGGCCAUGGUGGUGUCGAAAAAUCUAUUCCUGCUGAAAAAACCUCGGCAGCAGAGAAUGGGAUACCAGAGACGGCAGUGGUCUCACCAUCUGUAGGGUCAGUGGCGGGGUGGCCGAAAGGCGACGUGGGUUGGGUUGGGUGGUCACCGAAAAAGGGCCACAGUGGAGGAGGCCAUGGUGGUGUCGAAAAAUCUAUUCCUGCUGAAAAAACCUCGGCAGCAGAGAAUGGGAUACCAGAGACGGCAGUGGUCUCACCAUCUGUAGGGUCAGUGGCGGGGUGGCCGAAAGGCGACGUGGGUUGGGGUGGGAGCCUAUGGAAACCAUCGGUGACCUAUUGUAGGCCUGACGGUUGUAGUUCAUAUGGAUUGUAG